AUGGCUAAAGGUCUUUCAGUCGAGGAAAAAAGAAAGCGAAUCAUCAGUUUAUUUCAUGACAGUGGUGAAUUCUAUCAAUUGAAAGAUAUCGAAAAGUUAGGUGUAAAGAAGGGCGUUACCUCACAGUCUAUCAAAGACAUCCUGAUGGGUUUGGUGGAUGAUGGGCUUGUUACAACGGACAAGAUUGGCACAUCAAACUACUUUUGGUCAUAUCCAUCCGCAGUCAUUCAGACCAAGCGCAACAAACUGCAGGAUUUGACCUCAAGCGUGGAGAAGCAAGAGGAAAAGAAGAAGAAACUGCAGCAAUUGAUCCAGGAAGCAACUCAAGAUCGACAAGAGACUGAAGAAAGAGCGCAAUUACUAGCAGAAUUGAAGCAGGAGCAGAAUACAAACAAAGAAUUACAGGCAGAGUUACAAAAAUACAAGGAGAAUGAUCCAGAAUUAUACCACAAGAAAGAAAAGGCAUCUAAGAUUGCCAAAGAAGCUGCCAACAGAUGGACAGAGAGUGUUUGGGAGAUGCAAUCGUAUUGCGUCAACAAGUUUGGCAUGGAAAGACAGUUAUUUGAUCAAACAUUUGGAAUCAAGGAUGACUUUGAUACUGUAGAUUGA